AUGAGGAGUGGCAGUUCGGAAUUACUACUCGAGCAGCAACAACAAGAGCUACGGUUACGUAAAAUCCGAGAACUGGCUCCGAAAAAGAAAAAUGGCAAUCGGCGCUUUCGUUCGUGGCGGGAACGUGCGCGUUUCUAUGGCACCUCGACACUGGCCUUCUUCUCGGUGACCGCCGGCGCAUCGCUGCUCUUCCUCGUACCGCUCUAUGUGGAUCCGGCGAUAUCGACGCUCAGUCACGAUUUCAUCGAGAAGCCAACGCUGUGCACGACAACGCGUCGCGAGGAUCUAGUGGGCAUAUUCAAUUGCUCGUGGAGUUCGUGUCGCGAGGGCUGCACCUCCGAUUUGUAUCGCUGCGUGCAUAUCUAUGUGACGUUCAUCGAGCAGAACAUUACGAUACCGGAGAACAUGACCGAUUAUAGCAAUUUCACGUCCGAUAUGGAGCAAUCCGGUGAGGCGACACUGCUUGUGAAUAUCAAGGGAUGCGGCUAUCCGCCAUCGGUGACGUGCAAGAAUUUCAACGGUUACUACGGCAUCGAGGGUGCCAUCUUUCCGUGCUUCUACUCGCGAAAGAACCGGACCGUGGUGCUGACAUCGUACAACCACGACGACCAGGUGGCCAUGAUCAUUCACUUCUUCGCGGUGCCCUUUGUGAUAACGGUCAUCUCGUCCAUCGCCCUCUGCAUCAUGCACUGCGACUGCCGCUGCAAGAAGGAUCGCAGCCACCGACGCAAUCGGCCGCAGUGCCGAAGGCCGCGCAUCGAGAAUCUCAGUGAUACUUCGAUAUCGACGCGAGUGGAUAUGCUCACGCCUGCUAUUGAAGUCUACAAGCCGCCCCUCUGACACAAGGACGACACUGUGGAGAGCAAUUUAGGGAAUCCCUCGACGAGUAGCGACUUCUAGCAGAACCUGAUACCAAGUCCUGCGGAACUAGCCAAGGAUAAUCUAUUUGUUCUUCCAACAUAGUGUCGGCCCCCAGCGAACCUCGAACUUCGAAUGGAGAUGAUAGAUGAUAGAUGGUAGAUGAUAGAUGAUAGACGGGUGAUGGCCAAAAAACUGGAGACACGACGACCGAAACUAUCAGUGGUUUUAGUGCAACUAGGCGAGCAGAAGUGAAUCAGAUUAAUGAGAGACACAAACAAACGGACACGGACACAGACACACAUAAAUUAAUAAUUGAUCCAACUGAAUAAUUCCUAAGAUUGAUUAAAUUUAGUUACUUUUUAGCGUAAAUGAUUUUUAAACCAGCCGACGCAGGAGGUGCAAACCAACAGAAGUGUUAAUCGGUUCAUGAAAUAGAACGAAGUCUAGUCUUAAGCUGUGGCAGUGGCAGUGGCAAGUGGCAAGUGUAUUUGUAUCUCUAGCCGCCUAUGCAACAUACGAGUAUAUGUAUGUAUAUGUGUCUGUGCGAAUAAUCCACAUAGUAGGAGUAUAUGCGAAAUUUGGCAAUGUGUAAAUUUAGUUAAAAGUGACGAAUCAUCACGGAUGUAAAACAAUGGCUAAAUAAGAGCAACAAAAACACCUAAACAGAAAAUGCAAUGAAUAAUUUUUGUACUGCUGAAUGAGAAACCAAGUGGAAAAACCGAACAUUAACGUUAAGUGUACAAUUUUGCAUUAGGUAAUGAAUAAGUUUGUAAUGCAUUAGUAAUUAAAUACAAUAAAAUGUUCAGCUAAUCACAUGGAAAGCAAAAGCAAACCCAAAACUACAAAUGCAAGCAACAAAAACGAAGUUACGAAAUUACGAAUAUGCAAUUGGAAAUAUGUGUAUUUAAAUGGAAAUUCGGCCAGCGGCAAAAUAAAAAAACAUUUUACGCUUCGUUUAAUCGCUCCACACAAAUGUAGACACAUGCCACGCCUCAUUUUAUAUAGAAUCCGCCCACAUAACACCCCCCACCCCACACACACACACACACACCCCCCUCCCCGAACAUCAAUCGCUUUUGGUUUGCGCAGUAGAAAUCGGGUUGCAAAGUAGUUCGUCUUAGACGACACGCGUAUGCCCUUCACGAAGUGCCCCAAGUUGAGAGAAUUUGGUCAAAUUUCAAUCGAGAAAUUUCUCUUAGUUGCAUCACUCAAUGUUUUUGAUGUUUCUUUUUUUUUGUUGGUCAAGAAAAUCAAUCGAAUCUUUGUUGUGUAGUAAUGGUUAAAAUGUUUAAAAUGGAUAAUUCAAUAAUGAACGUUUUUUGACUGUGAUCAUUUGAAUGGGAUGUAGUGAAAUAUGAUAUUAUUGAGUAUUGUUGUUGACAACAAAAAAUUACGAAAAGCAAUUAACUUCUCGGUCAUGAUUCAAUCACCCACCAUCAAUCAUCAAUCAUCAAUCCACCAGCACGCCGCAGCACAUUUCGCCUAGAAGUUUCUAUACAAUUCCCCAUCAAUUAGUGUAGUGUAGUUAGAUCACCCACCCACUUGGCAUUAUGGCAUUAGAUUCUCUUUAAUUUCGAGGCUAAUCACACACACACAAACUAACACACACACUAACACACACCCCAUCGUGCUUGACAAUAUUUAAUUUCUAAAGGGAGUUUUUCAAUCAUCAAUCCAUCCCAAGGACAUUGACAUGCUGCGCCCAAUUUGUAACUAAACCCGCUUAUUCUGUUCCACAUUGAGAUACAGAGGCUUUGACAAAAGGACGAAAAGGACGAAGAGGACGAGAGUGAAGGAGACAUUAGGGGAUAUUGAAUGUUAACAUUUAUUUGUAUAAGCUGCAGAAACAUUGUUGGAUUUAGAGGAACCUGCAUAGUUUUUUGAUAUUCAUGUAGAUACAUGUAAAUGCCACUCACUAAACUUAAGAGAGAAUGAGGAGAGUAAAACGCUACCGAUGGCAUCAAGGAUAAUUGCAUUAUAUUUGUAAUAUCAAACUGUUCAUAGUUAAGACGAGCCUAGCCACAGGAUAACAAUUGAAAAACAGAAACAGAACACACAAAUAACAACAAAUGUAUAUAAGCUGACUAGAAAAUUGGUAAUGGAAACUUUUGAAACCAAAACAAAAAACAAAAAAAAUGAAAAAGAAAACCAAACGAACUCAAAGAAGCUACAACAAAGUGCAUAUAAUUUUGAUAGUUAAGCUAAUUUUAAUACAUUUUUUAAGAUACAGCAAGAGGGCAAAGGUACUACGAUACGAUAGGGAAACCAACAAAUAGGAAAAUUCAAACCAAAUGAGGAGAAGCCGUGAAAAUUAUUCCAUUUUUACACACCCUCAACAAUUGGGGGUCUCGUUAAAUUGGUUUUGUUGUUAACAGUAAAUAAUGCAAUAAACAUUCGCGUAUUUCUUACUAUUAUUGUUAUUAUCAUUGUUGUUAUAAUGGAAAUUUGAAUUCGAGUUGUGCACACUGUUUUUUUAUACACCGCAAAUUGGCUUAGUCAGUGCAAGGAAAAUUCGUUUUUUUAUAAAUUCGAUCAACUUAAGAGCAUGUCUGGCAUUUUAAGGCCAAUGACGCCACACCACACACGCAUUGAACAAUUGACAUUAAUUUAUACACAUAUAACGACGAGAGAAAUAAUGGAAAAUAAUAGAACUAGAACGCAUAUUGAAUAAUAAAUGAGACAUACAUAUUAUUGAAAGAAAUUAAAAACGAACAUUACAAAACCGA